CAGCAUUUUCGCAUACAACGCAAAAGUUCUAUCAUUGCAUUUCUGCCGGUUGGUGUUACGUUGUCCAGUGAUAAUUAGCUGCUUUUUUCGAAAUACAUUUGCGUUUUUAUCAGCUUGAUCAUCGACUCGAAGCCAUUUAUCAUGACUUGCACUUGAUUCGAAGUUGGCAACAAACUGUCUAGUUGUGAAAUAACAAAGAUCGUCAGUCAUGGCUAAUGCAGAAGGGUCUCGUUCCGAUGCAGCCGUAGCACCUUCAGUCGACAUGGAUGACGGCCGCUUCCGGAUUAGACCAUAUCAGCAAAUACUUUCAUCAUGCAGUGGAGCUCUUGUUACUUCCCUUUUCAUGACGCCUCUGGAUGUGGUAAAAACUCGACUUCAAACACAACAGAAAAUGAUGCUUUCGAACAAAUGCUACCUAUACUGCAACGGACUUAUGGAUCAUUUGUGCCCAUGUGGACCAAACGGGACAGUAACGGCAUUCUCCAAACCUACCCUUCACUUUAACGGCACCGUCGACGCAUUCGUCAAAAUAAGUCGAUCCGAGGGAAUCAAAUCACUGUGGUCCGGGUUGAGUCCCACAUUGGUUCUGGCACUGCCAACCACCGUUAUCUAUUUCGUAGCAUACGAGCAAUUCCGGAUUCGGUUGAAAGAGAUCUAUCUGCGUAGGAACGGAACCGGAACGGAUUUGCCAAUGUGGCUUCCCAUGCUGGCUGGUGGGUCCGCACGUGUUUUGGCCGUUACUAUCGUAAAUCCGUUGGAAUUGAUUCGAACAAAGAUGCAGUCAGAGAGUCUAAGUUACACAGAGGUCGGUCGAGCAUUCAAAGGUAUGUUGAAAACGCAGGGAAUCCUCGGGCUGUGGAAGGGAUUCUUCCCAACCAUCCUGCGAGACGUUCCGUUCAGUGGUAUCUACUGGACCACCUAUGAGACUAUUAAGAAAAGAAGCAAUGUUACACAGCCUACGUUUGGAUUCAGCUUUGUCAGUGGAGCAAUUUCCGGGGGCGUAGCGGCAUUCGUAACCGUUCCGUUUGAUGUUGUAAAAACUCAUCAACAGAUCGAAUUUGGCGAAAGGUUUCUCUACGCCGAGAACGGUGAUAAAAAGACACCGCCCAAAAGUGCGGGAACGUUCGAAACAAUGCGUAAAAUCUAUGUGAGAAGUGGUAUUAAGGGUCUGUUUGCCGGACUGACGCCGCGUUUGAUCAAGGUAGCUCCGGCAUGUGCCAUCAUGAUUGCUUCCUUUGAAUAUGGCAAGAAUUUCUUCUACAACUAUAACGUGCAUCGGUACUUGGCGAAGCGAGAUAAGCAGGAUCAGAACCCGGUGGCUUCCGUGGUGAAGGUGAAGAAACCAUCAAGUGUUGGCUAUUGAUAGGUGACGGCGUUGACGAGCUUCGGAUGAAGCUUGAUGUGCGGAUGGAGGAAACAAUUGUAUUGGUAAUAAACUAGAUUGUUGGCUAUUUCA